GAGUUCGCCGGUACUGGAUUGAAGGCUGUCUGUAAAUAUCAACUGCAUAAUAACCUACCAGUGCAUUAAUUAUGUAUGACAAGCGUUGCAGAGGUAGCAGAUGCAGUUUUUUUUAAUAAUUAUCUUACAUAGAAAGUGAUCAAUAUAACUAUAUAUAUAGACAAAAAUGGGUGUGAGAGGACUGUUAUCCACAUGCUUGAGAAGACAGGAUGAAUGUGUAGAGCAGGUUGACCUGAUUGAGGUCGCAAGAGAGAAAAAUGGAAUUGAGAUUUUAGUGGACUAUUAUUCAUUUCAGCAAUUUCUUAUAUACAAAUUCUGGUAUGGUUUACAGCAAUAUCGUAAUAAUGAGUUUUUAAGAAUCUGUGGUGGAGAGUAUGGAACUUUAGAGGCUUAUAUUACAAAAUUUGUAAAAGACCUGCAAGCGCUUGACAUCACUCUUUUAUUUUAUGUUGAUGGUGCAAAAGGAACAUGUACAGAGACAACAAGACAAAAAAUUGAUACAUGGAUGAAAAGGCAGUAUGCAGAUGUUGAAAAGUUAAACCAAAUAAUGGACGUUUGUCGUGGAGUGACUUUUAUUCAAGAUCUGCCAGAAGAUAUAUUGAUAAGGCCAGUUUUGCUUGAAAUUGACAUAUUUCACACAUUAAAACAGCUAGGAUGUUCAAUAAUUCAUGCAAUAGCCGGAGAAGCAGACUAUAUAAUUGCUAAAGCUUUAAAAGACAGACCUCAGGCAUAUGCAAUAUUAUCUAAUGAUUCUGACUUUUGUAUCUUUAAAGACUCUUGUUUUAUUCCAUUAGAGCUAUUUGAUCAAAACCAUGAUAUGAAAUUAGGGUAUCCAGGAGAUUUACCAGAACAGCCACUAAGACUUAUGGUAGGGGUGAUAAGACCUGCAAAGGUUAUGGAAAUGUUAAAGUUUAGAAAUUAUCAAUUAUUGGUUGAAUUGGCAGUUGUUGCUGGUAACGAUUUUACAGGACAGUUCAUGCAUAACGGACUUCAGGCACAGCUAGACAUCCGAGGACACCCUAAUAUUCAGAACAUAGCUGGCUGGUUAUGGCAUUAUAAAAGUGCUGAUCAUCAUCCUGUGCUUAAUAAUGCAAUGAGACAAAAUCCUCAGUUUUGUAAUGCUGUCCAGCACAGUCGGAAUUUCUAUACAUUAUCCUACUCAGAAGAUACAGUGAAACCUCCACAAAAAGGUUACUUCUCACAACUGAUUGGAGAGAGAAUAACUAGUGGUACACUUCCAUCAAACAUCAUGGCAAUGCAUAAUAACUUUUACUGGCAUCGGAUGUGUCUUGAAGACAACUCUCAAGGAUGGCCCUGUGUUGAAGUCUCAUUGGCAGAAUUACGAGGUAGAAUUUAUCGCAUAGUCCUUCCAAGGCAGGAAUGUUUGGUUAAUGAACAUGGGAGAAAUCCAUGGGAGCCUUUUAAGUCUGCUGGGAUAAUGGCAUCAGAUGAUUCUGACCUCCCUGUUAUACACAAAAUACAACAAGAUAAGAUCUUCUGGAACCUGAAACAUUUCCAUCAUGUCAUGUCUCACCAAGAGGAACCUGGUAAGGGUGUGGUAUGGUUUGACAGAUACGGUAGAAAGAACGGUUUUAUAGUCUACUUACUGAGGUACUUCCUGCUACAGAACUGGGGUAGAAAUCUUCAUAUCAUUGACAAAGAAUUCCUAGCAUUGGCUGCUUUAGCACUGGGUAGACCUAAUGAGAAGCACUACCAGCAAAUUCCUCUCAGACCUACACCUAGAUGUGUUUCCAUUGGCUCAUGGUUUCAGGAUAUAUACAGACAUGCAUACAGUUUUCUAGGAGAGUUACUGUAUCUGACCCAUGAGUUUCCAUUACCCAGGGAGAUUUACUCAGGAGCAGCAUGGACAGCAUUCUACACUUGUUGUAAGGAUGAAACAUACUAUAUGGGUGUAAACCAAGUACCUAUGAACUUCUUACUACAGACUCAGGCGGAAAUGAACAAGAUCAUCAAAGAAAAGAGACAUAUGAUCAGAUACAUUGUUGAAGGGGUUUUCCAAUUUGAUGAUAGAUUCUGAGACAGUGCAUUGUGGGAAAUUUUAUUUCUUACUUCAGACUCUGUAAGAAAUGAACAAGAUCAUCAAAGAGAAUAGACACAUGAUCAGAUACAUUGUUGAAGGGGUUUUUUCCCUUUGAUGAUAGAUUCUGAGACAGUGCAUUAUGGGAAAUUUCAUUUAGAUGAGAUGCACUACUUAAUUUUAUUCCUUUGGUGAUUGGUGAAUAUAUACAGAGCUGGAAAGGGAACAGGAUUUGAGGAGCUUAACUUGGAAACAUUUUAUAGGUGUUUUCAGAAUUGUGAAUUGAACUGAAGAGAGCAGGAAUUUUGUACUGAAAUUAAACAUUAGUAGAUAUUUACUUUUAAUGUAAAUGGUGUUUCGGUAAAAAAGAAUCAUGUAAAAAGUUGUUCUAAAGCUACAUUGCCAUGAACUGGAGAAAGUAUCUCCAUAUGACUACAAUAAUGUUUUUACAUGUUUCAUGCUAAUUUUUACAUUUUUAAGAAGCAAGCUUGUUUAAUUUCAUGAAAGAUUUAUUUGUGGUGUGUAUUGCUGGAUCUAAAUCGCAGUGAAACGUCUUCCAGUUACAUUAUGUGGUUGUAAUAUACUUAGACAGAAUGUUGAAAGAGAGAAUUGUUUAUAAAUUUUGUGUUUAAAAAUAGAGAAAUUUUCCCCCAGUAUUAUUUUUCUAAAGCAGAUGUGUACAGGAAGUAUCCUGUAGAUUACUUUAGAAAUCCUUAUUUAGAAUAAGAAAGAAUAGAAUGUUUGCCUCCUCAUGGUAAAGGAACUAGGGAUAUUAAUUGUACUGAAUGCACUUGUAAACAGUGAGUAAGAAAAGAUAACUAAGUUUUUAUCACACAAUUUUCUGCCCUUCUAUAGACCUAUUAAAUCAAUUACUUGAAGACUUUGUGUUGUUGUGGAGGAGGUGAAUAUCAGCAAGUUCUUAUAUCUACCUUUGAGAAUUUUAUUUUUUAAGUUUUUGAACUAAUUUAAAAUUUUGCCUAAAUGUGGUCCAUAGCUCAAAUUAGUGCAAUAUUUAAAUUUAAUUUCACAUUGCAUAUUGAAAGCAAUCUUUACUUACAGUGCUCACAAGCACUUUGAUUUCAUAGGACUGUUACAUAUUCAAAUGUUUAUGUCUAUUAAAAUGAGCCACAGUAUAACAAAAGUUUAAUUAGAUUUUUAUGUUCAAAUUUUUAAAUUAUGACAGUAAGCAUGUAUUAUAUGUUUAAAUCAUACAGAAAUGUAGGACUAACUUCUAUGAAAAAGACUAUAUAAAUUGGUUGCUUUAACAAAUCAAGAUAAGAAAAAGGUGUUUAUCUGUCAUUGUAAAAUAACUGAUAAAAGAGCGUCUGAUGAUAUCUGCAGUAUUAAAAUAUAAAUUAUUGGUCAAAAUAGACUCAAAAUAUUCCUCAUUAGAUUUGUAUUUUAGUACUUUGUUUUACAGAUGAAAGAGACUCUUCAAUUAUGCCCUUUUUGACACCAGCUACAACCUGUUUUACUGAAAUAUGAAAGGUCAUCAUUUUAGAUAAACUGUUGUGCAUAUUUUAAAUGCAAUGCUAAACAAAAUGGUUUCUUUAGGACUGAUUAUAGAAUAUGUUUGUUUUGAUUAUUUAUUUAAGAUUUUUAGUCAAAUGCAAAACGGUUUUGUAAUAUAACAUAUGCAUCAUUAGUGCUGUCUACAGCCAGUUUUAUUUUCCAGCAGUUGAUAGAUGGAAAAUAAAAGAUGUUUUUCUGCCUUAUAAACUUUUUAUCAGAAGAUCUUAAUUUUUUAUGCAGGUCAUUCUGUUGCAUGUAUGUUUGUUAUUGUUUCUUAUAGUAUACAUGGUAUAUUAAAAGUUUGAGAGUAAUUUUUCACGCUACACAAUAAAAAAAGUUGUUAAGGAGUU